AUGACCUCGAAGUUGUCAGAACAGGGCCAACUAGAAGCCUUUGACAUGGCUUCAAUAAACAAUGCAUUGCCAAACUUUCAUUACCGCCCACAACAGGCGAACCAGUAUUUUGGUGGUCAUCCACAAUUUUAUCACUCGAUAGCAGCACCCACAGGUCAUGAAAUGCUUUCCAUGGCUCAAUAUGCCGGGCCGUCGCUGCAUAUGUCUAAUCAUCCUUACUAUGUCCACCCGGCCCAUGCACCGCAUUACUACCCUCCUAUCCAUCUGCCACAAAUGCACAAUCGUCAAAGCAUGCUUUACUACCCAAACCAGUUGAUGAAUUCUCCAUCUCAUACGGGCUACUACUAUCUGGCGAGUGCCCAAUUGGCUGCAUAUCCGCCGGCAAUUCAUACCAACGUUACGACCGGACGAUAUGUUCCAACGGGAAAACCAAGUAAAGCACAGAGUAGCCGAGGCAGUUCAUCGACCAAGCAAAAAACCGUUCGCGGGCCACCUCGUAAACCACGACAGAGCGGCCACGCCCUCUGGGUUGGUAACUUGCCUCCACAGACAGACUUGAUGGCAUUGGUCCAGCACAUUUUCAAAGGGACAUCUGGGCUUGAAUCUCUGUUCCUUAUUUCAAAGAGCAACUGUGCAUUCGCUAAUUUCCGGGACGGACCUACUUGCUCUGCCGCACAGCUCAGGCUUCAAGAUUCCAAGUUUCAAUCUGUCCGACUCGUCUGCCGACUACGUAAAAAUUCUGUGGAAGGAUCUACAGGAACAGCUGCCCCAACCGGACCGGCGGCGGCUACGGCUACGGCUACGGCUACGGCUACGGCUACGGCUACGGCUACGGCUACGGCGUUCAGUGAAGUAGGUGUCGAGCAACAAGUUGCAAAGGCUGUGACAGAGAGCGACACUGCACAUUCUGGCUCUCUUAUCCCGGAUUCGCCUGAACCCCAACUGGAUUCUCGACGCCAGCAACGCACAGAUAGGUUUUUCAUCUUGAAAAGUUUGACCACAGAAGAUCUCGACUUGAGCGUACAAACUGGUGUUUGGGCGACUCAGUCUCACAACGAAGAUAAUCUGAAUAAUGCAUUCCGAACCGCCGACAGCGUGUAUCUUAUAUUUUCUGCAAACAAAUCUGGCGAAUAUUUUGGAUACGCGCGUAUGAGAUCGGAAACCAACCAAGAUCCGGCAGCAGCGAUCGAGUUUGCACCGAAGGCCCCCUUGGCUGCGGACGAAGUCGAUGUCACCAACGCAACUCGCACAGAUGCAACCGACUUUACCCCCCGAGGCAAGAUAGUCGACGACUCUGCUAGAGGAACGAUAUUUUGGGAGGCUGAGCGAGAUGACUCCGAGGCAAUUCCAGCCAGCGAAAAUGAGGUGGAGAGUACUUGCAGCCUUGCAGUGGAUGAAGAUGCCAAGGUCUGGGGCAAACCUUUCAAGCUGGAAUGGUUAUCUACUAUCCGAUUGCCUUUCUUCCGCGCCAGGGGCCUACGCAAUCCCUGGAAUUCAAAUAGGGAGGUGAAGAUUGCCAGAGAUGGUACCGAACUAGAACCAUCUCAACAACAGCAACAACAGCAACAACAGCAACAACAGCAACAACAACAACAACAACAACAACAACAACUUCCUCUUGUGUUCAAACACUACCCAUCACUUCACUCCUCAAACUCGCCCCCACAACACACCUUCACAAUGGCAUUCUUCCCACGAGCCUAUUACAACCAGGACAAAUCCUUCACUCCCCUCUUCCGACUUCUUGAUGAUUAUGACUCGUACACUCGCCAUGCCAACUCCAAAAGCAGUCAUCAUCAAUCUGCGCUACCACAAUGGCAGCCCAAGUUUGACGUCCUUGAAACAGCCGACUCAUAUGAGCUUUACGGCGAACUUCCAGGGUUGAACAAGGGAGAUGUCAGCAUCGAAUUCACUGAGCCUCAAACAAUUCAGAUUCGAGGAAAAGCCGAGCGAAGAUAUGAUGCAGGCACAGCGCCGAAAAGUCAGGCUGAAGGUCUUCUGUCGGAAGCUGAGUCGCGCAGAAACCGGAGACAAGCAACUGUUGAAGACGUCGAGGACGAGGAGUGGUCUGAUGCCGACCAUUCACCUGCAACGCCUACCAGCAUCACACCUGAGAUUGCAGGGCCCGACGCAACGAAGACCGUCGAUAACGCCAAGUACUGGCUCGCUGAGCGCAGCACAGGCGAAUUCUCUCGAAGUUUCAAUUUCCCCAACCGCGUUGAUCACGACAGUGUUUCGGCCAGAUUUCAAGACGGCCUUUUGCGCGUGAAUGUACCCAAGGCAAAGAAGCCUGAAUUGCGCCGCGUUGCCAUCGAAUGA